AUGAUCUUCACGCUGCGACAGCUACAAGAAAAAUGUUGUGAGCAACACCAACCACUCUAUUUGGCCUUUAUUGACCUAUCCAAAACCUUUGAUCGUGUCUCGCGAGAGCUCCUCUGGGAUAUUCUCGCCCAGUAUGGAUGCCCAGAUAAGUUCAUCCGGAUCCUCAAACUCCUCCACGACAAUAUGCACGCCAGAGUCCAGACCGACGGAGGCAGUUCUGAGCCCUUUAAAGUCACCUCCGGAGUGAAGCAAGGCUGCAUAAUAGCGCCAACUCUCUUUACCAUCUUUAUCGUGACAGUGUUGCACAUCAUACAAGAUGACUUCCACCUGGCAUCGAGAUCUCGUACAGAAUGGACGGCAAGCUUUUCAACCUCACUCGCCUCAAAAGUACGUCAAAGACAAUAG